AUGCAUGAAAUCGAUGAUCAAGAUAAUCAGUCAAAUUCGAACGAUGAAUCCAGUAACGAGAACGAACCGACAAAUUUCGGCGAAAGUUUCAAGACGAACGAUAUGACGGAUGCCCAUAUGUUAACACCGUCGGAUAAACCCAAGCAGAAAAAAUUCAGAUUCGCCAAAUUCGUUACGCCGAAAGAUUCCCCUAUUUACUCGAUGCGAAAACGCGGCAAAUGCGUGGUAUUCAACCACAAGAUCUUCGAAAAUGGAAGAGAACUACCUCGAGAAGGGACGGAGUAUGAUGGGGACGUGAUAAAGGAAACCUUUUCUGCUCUUGGUUUCGAAGUGAGGAUCUAUAAGGAUAAGAGGUUCAACGAUAUUGUCGAUAUCAUUAUGAAUUUGCAAAAUGAAAAACAUGAUGAUUGCGACUGCAUAUGUUUCUUUGUAUUAACUCACGGCAAAAUCGGUGAUAAUGUAUCUGCGUACGAUAUGCCUUAUCCGGUUCAGAUGAUCUGGCAACCAUUCAGUGGAAACAGUUGCACAUCAUUGGCUGGUAAACCAAAACUAUUUUUCAUACAGGCUUGUAGAGGUACAGCCAGCGAUCCAGGUAUUCAGGGUAGAUCCUCUAAUACAGAUUCAGAUGAAAUGACUUAUAUGCUUCCUACUACUGCAGACUUUUUAUACGCUUUCAGCACUAUGGAAGGUUAUUAUUCGUUUCGUGAUACGAAUAGAGGUUCAUGGUAUAUUCAAACUUUAUGUAAAGUUAUUAAGGAGCAUUGGAAGGAUUGUGACAUGUUGAAAAUGUUAACGAUAACACUACGGAAAGUUGCUACAGAAUAUUCAUCUCAACAUGAUAAAUCGAGUUUAAACAACAAGAGGCAAAUGCCUACUUUCACUUCAACAUUGACCAGAGAUCUAUAUUUUAAUUCGAAUUUCGUGGAACAGUAACGAUCUAUUUCCAAACGAAUUAAUUUUA